CUUUGAAUAUCGUGGGAAUGCAAACAAACUGACAAAGAUGUCUCUAGGUAUUCUUACAUCCAAGCUUCAAGCUCUGAAAUCCCUCAAAGACCACGAAUACAUUCAGCGUAUCAAGGACCACGACUAUUUGCAGACCAUCCAUGAUGUCAAGCGAAAAAUAGUACCGGACACCGACCCAUCCGAUUUAAGUCAUGUGGGGACUCAAAAAUCUCGAGCCCAAUUGAUACGGUUAAGUGCCGCUGUUUGUGGUAUUGAACUUUGCUAUGCCGCUGAGACGGCUUUUGUAAGUCCUAUUUUGCUGAAACUUGGAGUUCCUGUUGCCUUUAUGACACUGGUAUGGUGUUUAAGCCCUCUGUUAGGCUUUUUCCUGGUACCAAUCAUGGGAUCUCUUAGCGAUAGGUGUCCUCUUAAGCUUGGGCGAAGACGUCCGUUUAUACUGCUGUUUUCUGUCGGUAUUAUCAUUGGACUAGUAUUAGUUCCAAAUGGCGAGACAUUUGGUAUUCUUGCUGGCGAUACUGGAACACCUAUCUCAAAUCAAAAUGUAACACCGAUCGAUGCGAAAAUUAUACGCAGGAUAAACUCAACUGAUAAUCUGGUCAUAUUUGAAAACGGAACUUCCGCCAUUUUGCGGUCAGGUUUCAGUCCUGACUGGCCAUCAAUGGUGAAGUUGCCUCAUAAGCAUGUGAUAGGAAUUUUGCUGACUGUUCUGGGUGUGGCAAUGCUGGACUUCAACUGUGACGCCUGUCAAUCACCCUGUAGGACAUACUUGUUGGACAUCAGCGUUCCAGAGGACCAUUCACGUGGUCUGACGUCUUUCACUGUCAUGGCUGGAAUGGGCGGAAGUGUUGGGUACCUGAUGGGUGGAAUUAACUGGGAGGCGACUAGUUUUGGAGCUGCUCUCGGUGGCCAUGUCCGGGUGGUAUUUACAGGAGUCCUUUUGAUGUUCAUUGUAUGUGUAAUACUUACCGUGACAAGUUUUAAGGAGGUUACCUUAAAGGAGCUUGGCGUUCCAAAGGAGCAGUUGCAAAAAAAAGUUAAAAGGGUGAAGAAAGCGAAAUACCGCAAAUUUGUCAAUGAAAGUUCAGAAGAUGAUACUGAUGAGGAAGGAGAAUGUGUUAAAGAAACGAAUGUUUCAUAUGGAACACUUGGUUCAAAUGGUUGCGCAAAUAACGUUCAUUCUGGGAAUGAAAAAAAUCAAGAUGGCAACUACGCUAUCGAUAUGCCAGACACACAAAAUACCAAUUCCGUUCCAGAUACAAAUGGUAAUCGUAUGGAAAUGACACAAACCACUAAUAUUGUUUCUGAAAGUAUAAUAAAAGAAGUGUCACUUAAGACAUACUUACGAUCCAUUAUCAAAAUGCCAAAAUCUUUGCUAAUUUUGUGUGUUACAAAUCUGUUUUGCUGGAUGUCGCUAGUCUGUUAUUCCCUGUAUUUCACCGACUUUGUGGGCCAGUCAGUGUUUGGGGGUGACCCACGGGCACCUGCCGGAAGUCCACAACAUGAUCUAUAUAACGACGGUGUACGUUUUGGUUCAUUCGGAAUGUCUCUGUACUCAUUAGCUUGCGCUCUCUACUCAAUGGCUGUUGAGUAUCUUGUUGACAAGUUUAAGGCUAAGCCAGUGUAUGUGUGCGGGCAGUUAGUUUACACUGUUGGGAUGGUUGUGAUGGCGCUAAGCCGGCAUCCUGCGGCCGUCAUUAUCCUGUCCCCCUGUGCCGGUAUCAUGUACGCGACCCUCUUCACCAUGCCAUACCUGCUCGUCGCCAGAUACCAUACUAGCGGCAGGUUUAGUGAGGCCGGAGAGGACCCGGAACUGGCGGUAAGAGGUCUUGGGACAGACGUGGCACUUGUGAGCUCUAUGGUGUUUCUCGCACAGUUCCUACUCUCGCUCUUCAUGGGUAGUCUCGUGCACCUGGCGCAAAGUACCGUCCCCAUAGUAAUUGCUGCGACGAUUCUAAGCUUCUGUGGCGCUGUGUGUGCCACACAAGUAACAUACUUAGACCUUUGA